CGCACACCCACCGAUCAACCUCUCCCCCGGACCGAGAUUCGCUGCAAGUUGGGUCUGGCUGGUCCAUUGGGGGAGCCAGUUUUUUCCUGAACUCCGGGGAGGGCAGCAACCAACGGCAGCAGAAGCCCUCUCGAUCGAUUCUACAGAAAUCGCCACUUCUUAGUGUUUGAUUGUGCGGGCUCGCGUUAACAAGUGUACCCGAAGAUAGUGCUUAUCGAUCGUCGCGACAAACCAGUUUCUGUGAGAAUUUUCUGGUGACAAUAAUCAAAAUUGAAAUGGAACGAUCGCUGUUGAGUCUAUCGCUGGCGAUUGUUUUGGUGCUUCCGGUGGCUUGGAAUUACCCACUGGGGAAGAAUGUGUUUGCCUCGCAGAACGGUGAAGAAUCAGUGUUCAGGGACAAGGCUUUCGACGAGGAGAUUCGCAAAGUGACAUGGGUUGGAGACAAACCUGUCCAUGCACUUGAAUCGUAUGACAACCCUCCCGAUAUUGACAACGCCGCUCGUGAGAAAGACAACUUCCCAUCGAACAUUUUCAGCAAAUUUGACAAUACGCAGAAGAAAGUGAAGGAUUGGUUCGAUACCCCACCGCUAAUCGACACCAUCAAAGAAUCGGACAAGUACGGCAACGAAGGCGAUCAGUUUUACUUCAUUACCCGACCGCUGGUCAAACUCACCGAAACGGUAUCAAAUACGAUCAACAAGGCCAUCGCGGCCCCUACGCAAAUCUAUCGAUCGGCGAAAAAGAUCGUGUCCGAUAAACUGAACGAUGUCGGCGCUGGAUUAGUCGGUUUGAGAAGAUAGUUCUCUAAGUUGUGAUAUGUGUGUAAAUAAAUCUUAGCCAUUCAUGUUA